AUGGGCUUCUUUCAGUUUCUGUCUACCAACUUCACUCACAAGGCUUUGGUCAACCCAAGGCAAUAGCAGAAGACACUUGCCCAAUGUGCUACACAAUGGGACUGAACCCAGAUCUAUGUGGUUGGGAAGCAGGUUUUUUACCACAAAGUAACACCUGUUAAAUUUCUUCCAACAAUUUGAAGUGUUUCUCUUUUACUCUUUUAUUUGUUUCAGUCGUUUGACUGCGGCCAUGCUGGAACACCACCUUUUACUCGAACAAAUCAACCCCAGAACUUAUUCUUUGUAAGCCUAGUACUUAUUCUAUCGGCCUCUUUUGCCGAACCACUAAGUUACUGGGAUGUAAACACACCAGCAUCAGUUGUCAAGCGAUGUUGGGGAGACAAACACAGAUACACAUACAUAUACAUAUAUAAGAGGGGCUUCUUUCAGUUUCCGUCUACCAAAUCCACUCACAAGGCUUUGGUCAACUCAAAGCUAUAGUAGAAGACAGUUGCCUGAGGUGCCACGCGGUGGGACUGAACCUGGAACCAUGUCGUUGUUGUCAUUUUGGUAAUUUCUUCAGUGACAUCUGAUUCCAACCGAUGAGGAGUGGAGGAAAUUGUGUCAAAUCUACUGCAAGUCUGCAAAUAGUGUACGGAACAACUUACGUUUGUACACAUGGAAAUAUUUUAACUCAUUAAUUUUCUCUUCUGCUGUCGGGUAUCCUGUCCAACAUUAAAAGAAUUUCGGUGAAUCUACUGCUCCAGCAUGUCACCGGACGAUAAUUAGCACUUCAUUAACAACUUGUAUUUACUGUUACACAUCGUUAUUUCAGGUAAUUCAAAAGUUUGUUCUGUGAAAAUGUCUUCUAGUAGCACCAGUUUUGUGAUCAGUGAAACCACUGAAAUCCUUAUUGAUUUAGGGCCAAUGAAGGACACAGUACACCAGAUUUCCAGCCAGCCUGGUAGUUCAUUGCUAACGUCUAUGUAUGCACAGAAAAUAUCACCAAAGAUCGUACACGUUUGCUUUAUUUGUGAUAAGAUGUUUAUUAACCGUAUUAGUUUGAGCAAGCAUUUGACCAAGCACAAUAUAGUAGUCAAGGGCGCCACUUCCAGUGUAAACGAGGAUGGCAGUAAUGCCGCAAAUAAUGACCAAGAGAAAAUAACUCCGCCUGGGAAAAUUAGCUGCGGAUAUUGUCGGGGAUUGUUUGAUAACCAAGAAGUUUUGAUGAAACAUGAACAAAACAUUCAUUAUUUGUUUGAAGGGUCGAUCAUGGAGAAACACUGCUGUGGCUAUUGCGGGGUAAAGUUCAGUCGGCGGAGGGACCUCUUUCACCAUAUCCGGUGCUGCGGAACAUUAUCGGCUGUAGACAAUUGUAAACUCGCAACGGAAAUCAACAUGAGAGCAAACAGCAACAAACAGUCAGAUGAAAGUUCUCACCCAUCAACUCAGGUGGAAUAUUUCUGUUUGAAUUGCAAGCAAAAGCGUUCUUUCAAAAUCCUUUCCCUAGACCGUGCCAGCAAGCUCUUAAAACUGAACUGCCAAACCUGCGGGAAACCUUUACACUUAACGUAUUUCGCUUCCGAACCUGCUAAUGCCAAAGAGCCUCAAACGACUGACAACUGUGACACAACAGCUGAAACAUGUCAAGACAAUGGAUCGUUAACGCCAACACCACAAUCCCCGUUAGUUAUUGACGACAACAACCCAGUCACUAACGACAACAACCCAGUCACUAACGACGAGGAACCACGUGACCAAACUCCAGUGAACAAUGAUAAAAAAGUAGUAACGAAAACCAUAAUGAAACUUUCCAGAAACUUCCCUCAAGUGAUCAAAAUAUUAAAUAAAAAAUCAAAGUUCAAAUGUCACAUUUGCUACAAAAAAUUUACAUCGUUGGACAUCCUCAAUAACCACUUCAAUUCAGCCCAUGCUGGAGUAAGGAGGCAGAAAAGUAGCUGCCCUUAUUGUUCCAAGUCUUUCAUCACAGCGAAACUUUACUUGCGUCACCUUCAGAGCCACGUUAGAUUAAAGAAGAUUUCGUGCCACUAUCAGCUAUUAUCGAAAUCUACGGAAGCAUUCUAUGACAUUUUCGAUUACCAACACAACGGGAAACGCCACACUUGUCUUCAUUGUUCUGAAAGUUUUUCCAAUUCCGUAGAACUUUUAAAUCACCACAAAGAAUAUCAUCCUAAUAAUUCUGUCCACGUAUGCCAAGUGUGUUCCUGUCAGUUUGUUUCUGAGAAUUCUUUAAAGCAACAUCGUAAGAGACACAGUGUCAAGAACUUUUACAAAUGUGACUUUUGCUUCAAAACAUUCACUAAAAUGUCUCUUUUUCUUCAGCACAUUUUACAACAUGCAAAGAUAAGUUUUUAAAUUAAUUUACUCCUCCUCUACUAACAUCAACUUAAUGCAGUGUAUAUUUACUAUAUUUAUAUAUCUACACUUUAUGUAGUUGUGUGUGUGUAUACACACACGCACACACACAUGUACACUUUAUAUAUAUAUAUAUAUAAAGAGAGCGAGAGAGGUACAUGUGUGUGUAUGUAUGUAUAUAUAUAUAUAUAUAUAUAUAUAUAUAUAUAGUAAAUAUUUACAUGUCCAUUGUAUAGGUUCAAAUCCAGCUAGGAUCAUGUACCUAUCCAGGAAUAAAUGGCACCUAAUGAUAAUGGUUGUAGUUUUAACCAAUGGAAGCAGAGUAUAUUGUGUGUGUGUGUGUGUGUAUAUAUAUAUAUAUAUAUAUAUAUAUAUAUAUAUAUAGUAAAUAUUUACAUGUCCAUUGUAUAGGUUCAAAUCCAGCUAGGAUCAUGUACCUAUCCAGGAAUAAAUGGCACCUAAUGAUAAUGGUUGUAGUUUUAACCAAUGGAAGCAGAGUAUAUUGUGUGUGUGUGUGUGUGUAUAUAUAUAUAUAUAUAUAUAUAUAUAUAUAUAUAUAUAUAUACACAUACACAUACACAUAAUUAUAUGUAUGUAUAUAAAGAUUAUAUAUAUAUGUGUAUGUAUAAAUAUUUGUGUGCAUAUACAUACUCUUAAGAUGGUGUUAAUUAUUAUUUCAGUUACAAUUAAUGUAGAUAUAUCAAAUGGUUUAUUAAGUCAAGUUUUAAUUUUUAAAUAGCAAAUAACUUCUACAGGGUGUUUGAGCUGAAUUUGAAAGUUUGUGUUAAAAGGAAAAGAAAACACAAUAUCCCAUUGAUAAAAUGAUUAGAAGAUUUCAACUAAAUUACGGCUGGGAGAUAACAGUGUACUUAAAGUAGCUGCCCUCAGCUUCCUCUGUGGCCCCCAACAUAUGCUCCAGAUCCUGGCACAUGCAUUCCUCACUGUGUCCCCAAGAAGGUCUUUGAACAACCUGCUGGUUCAUCUUGUAGUUUAUUUACUGGUCAUAUGUUGGUUAUGUUAUGACCUGGUAGCAACGAGCUAUGAUAGUCUAUGUUAUUUACCAUUUCUGGUUAUGACAAUGAAAGCUAUUGUUUAUCAUAUCUCACCUGAAUGCUAGCCACUGCAGAUCACAGGUUGGUUGGCACUCCGUCGCUUGCGAUGUCGAGGGUUCCAGUUGAUCCGAUCAACGGAACAGCCUGCUCGUGAAAUUAACGUGCAAGUGGCUGAGCACUCCACAGACACGUGUACCCUUAACGUAGUUCUCGGGGAUAUUCAGCGUGACACAGUGUGACAAGAAACAGGAAGUAAGAGUGAGAGAACGUUGUGUUGGAAGAGUACAUCAGAAGUAUCAUUGUAUGCCACACCAUUUUCCUGCAGCCCUGAUCUGUGUGAUUGGUCACUAUUACAUUGUCUAUGUUAGGAAGAAGAGCUUGUUUGCAUAUCAUUAUCAUUUAACGUCCAUUUUUUUCAUGCUGGCAUGGGUUGGACGGUUUGACAGGGGCUGGCUAGGCAGAAGACUGCUCCAGGCUUCACUGUCUGUUUUGGCAGAGUUUUUACAGCUAGAUGCCCUUCCUAACACCAACCACACCACAGAGUGGACUGAGUGCUUUUUACAUGGCACCAGCUCUGGCAAGAACACUUUUGGCAUGGUUUUCACAGCUGGGUGUCCUUCCAAACGCCAAUCAUUUCAAGUGUGGACUAGAUGCAUUUUACGUGGUACCAACUCUUGUAUCAAAGAGUAAAAUCUUUCAGUUAAUCUUGCUACAAAGUACUUGUUGAUUAGGAUAUACAGGAGCUCCAUACUGUGAUGAGGUAAGGUACUGGUUCAAUCUUUGUGUCCAUCAUUGAUUAUAUAUGGCUGUGUGGUUAAUAAACUCAUUUUGUAAUCAGA